AUGUCCACACCCACGCAACAGAAGGCGCUCUUCCUCCAAAGCAAACAGGGCGAAUUCACGCUCGGCACGCGUGAGGUGCCCCAGCCCGGCGCGGGCGACAUCGUCGUCAAGAACGAGGCGAUCGGCUUGAACCCCGUCGACUGGAAGAUCCAGACGUACGGUCUACUCGUCGAAAAGUAUCCCGCGAUCCUGGGGCUCGAUGCGACGGGCACCGUCGAGGCCGUCGGCCAGGGCGUCACUGCGUUUAAGAAGGGCGAUCGCGUCAUUUACCAGGGCGUCCUGGACAACGAUCGCGCCAAUUUCCAGCAGUACACGCUGAUAAACGAGAGCUUGGCUGCUGAGCUCCCGGGUAAGUUCUCCUUCGAAGCGGGUGCUACCCUCCCUCUCGCGUAUUCCACUGCGGCGGUAGGCUUGUACCACCAGGCAGGUGGUCCUCAACUCGUUCCACCUUGGGCGGAGGGCGGUAAGAGCAAGUACGCCAAAACGCCUAUCGUCGUCCUCGGAGGCGCGAGCGUUGUCGGCUCACUCGCCAUCCAACUCGCUAAGCUUUCUGGGUUUUCCCCCAUCAUCACCACUGCCUCGCCCAAGAACGUCGAGCUCCUCACGUCCUAUGGUGCGACACACGUCCUGGACCGCUCCCUCCCGCAAAACGCCCUAAUCUCCGAAGUCACAAAGAUCGCGGGCGGUCCUGUGUCCCUCGUAUACGACGCGAUCUCGCUGCCCGAAACGCAGGCAGCAGGCUACGCACUCCUUGCUCCGAACGGCAAGCUGCUUACGGUGCUGCCCCCGACGGUUACGGAGACGACGGAGGGACGGUCGGUCGUCAGUGUGCUUGGCGUCAUUCAGAGGGCGCCGAAUGUCGAGUUCGGAAAGGCGCUGCUUGCGCAGCUGCCUGCCUUGCUCGAGUCGGGCGAUAUCAAGCCGCUGAGGGUCGAGGUUAUCCCCGGAGGCUUGGGAGGGAUCACGGCAGGCUUGGCGAAGCUGAAGAACAACCAAGUUAGCGGAACGAAGCUGGUUGUUCGGCCGCCAGAGACUGCUUGA